CCAACAAAAAGGGGAGUCCAACACUGGAUAGACAGAGAGAGAGUAAAGGCUGAAGGUGGACAGGGGAACGUAGUCAACAAAGAACUGAAAGUGAUUCUGAUUCUUCGAGGACAAACCACUGACUGCAUUGCGAUGUCUGCAGACACAAACCAGCACCAAAAAGCCACAGUGGCUAUCAAGAAAAUGUCCAGAGUUUCUGGAGUUACGAUCAUUCAAUGUGUUGAGUUGGUGCCUCUCGGAAAGUCCACACCUGACUUCACCCGUAAGCCAAUGGCUACAACUAUUCAAGAAGGUAAAAAAGCUGUUUUAAAAGCUAUGGUUAGUGGAACACCGCCACCAACUGUUACCUGGGAGCGCAAUAAGGGUGAUGUCAAAGACACAGAAAAGUACAAGACCAGAUAUGAUGCAAGGGCUCGAGAGCACAUUCUAGAGAUACCUAACGUAAAACUCGCACAUGCCGAUACCUACAAGUGCUUUGCAACCAAUGAGUAUGGAAAGGCUUUCUGCACUGCAACGCUCAAUGUUACUGAAGGCGGUUUACAGAAGAAAGGCCAGGCAGGAAAUGGACAAACACAGGAUUUCAGAAAAAUGCUUAAAAAAACUGUUGUUGUCACGAGAAAAAAACAACUACCACCACAGAAAGAGGGAGAAAUAGAUCCAAAACUCUGGGAACUGCUUAUCAGCGCACCAAAGAAAAACUAUGAAAAGAUAUGUUUGGACUUUGGAGUGACUGACUUCCGGUGGCUGCUGAAGAGACUCAAUCAGAUGAAGAAGGAAAGAGAAGAUGAGCAGGCAAAGGUAGUAGAAAAGCUGGAGAAUGUGAAACAAAUAGAAGUGAAACCAAAUGGCAGAGCUGAAUUUAGCCUUGACAUGAAGUUAUGGGAUCCAAACAGUACAAUUACAUUAUACAAGGAUGGAAAACUGGUGCCAUAUGGUGAUGAUGAAAACUCAAAGCAUAUUCUUAAGAAAAGUGGGACAAAGUACAUUUUCAGCAUCAGAGAUCCUGAGCCAGAAGAUGCUGGAUUUUACCAGGUUGAUGUUGACGACGCAAAUGUUCUCACAACUGACUUUCAAGUGCCUUCUGUGGAGUUCAUAGACAUGAUUAAAGACGCAAAGGCUGUUGAAAGUGAGGAUGCCAUCUUUCAGUGUGUCUUGUCUACACCCCUGAACGGAAUCACUUGGUUAAAACAGGACUCAUCACUUGAACAAGGAGAAAAAUAUGAGAUCACCGUCUCAGAAGACAAACUCACUCACACAUUAAGAGUUAAAGACUGUAACAUGGCAGAUAAUGAUAAAUACUAUGCAAUUGCUGGGAUAACUUCAAGCAGUGCCUCUCUCACAGUGGAAGCUGAUCCAGAUGGCAAGAAACGACAUAAGGGCACCAAAACUGGUGAUCAAAAUGACUUGAAUAAACUGGAAUUGGAACAGCAAGCCAUGCUGCAAAAGGAGAAAGACAGACUGGAGGCAGCAAGAAAAGCACAGGCUGAAAAAGAUGCAGCAGAUGCAGCAGCUAGAGCUGCCCUCGGGGAUGGAUCUAGUGAUGGUUCUGGUGGGAAGACCGACGGAGACAAAGGUGAUGGAGAAAAUAACAAGAACCUCCUAGGAGAUGGAGGUCAUGAAAGUAAAAAGGGCGAUGAGGAUGAUAAGAAAAAGAAGCGAAUACGAUCUGGUCCUUCAAUUCCUCACACUGGUACAGAUCGAGGUGUUCAGUUUGUCAGUGGCCUUUCAGAUACUAAUGCUAAUGUCGGUGAACGGGCAGAGUUAUCUUGCAAACUAAGCAGUGAUACGUCAAAGGGAUGCUGGUAUAAAAAUGGGAAGAAGUUAACCAAUGAGGAUGGGGUCACAAUUGUCAAAGAUGGAGCCUGUCACAGGUUGAUAAUUGAGUGCUGUAAAAAGGACGAUACAGCUGUGUACCGCUUUGAAGCUGAAGGACGCAAAUCAGAAGCAACACUUAAUAUUCAAGACCCACCAAAAAUUGACAGUGAUGCUCUGGGAGAGUUCACAAACGCAGUUAUUGUAAAGGCAGGUGAAACUGCAGAAUGGAAGUUGCCAUUCUCUGGUGGGUGCCCAAUGAAUAUUCAGUGGUACAAGGAUGAUGAUGAGCUGUUGCCAGCAGUCAAUGUAAAGAUUGAAACAUCAGAUACUGAAAGCCGACUACGUCUUACAAAGUGCCAAAGGAAAGAUAGUGGAGAGAUCAAAAUCAAAAUCAAAAAUGAAUAUGGUAUAACGGAGGCAACUUCCAAACUCGUCGUAGUAGACAAACCCACACCACCACAGGGACCUGUGGACAUUGUGGAAAGUGCUGUAACAUCUAUUGAAUUCAAAUGGAAACCACCAAAACACAGUGGAGGGUACCCCAUCACAAACUACAUCAUAGAACGCCAGCAAGUGGGGCGCAACAAAUGGUCAAAACUGGGUGAGAUCUCUGGCAUUGACCCAAGGUACAAAGAUUCAGAUGUGGAUCCUGGAAGGAGAUACUGCUACCGGAUCAGAGCCAAGAAUGCAGAGGGCAUCAGUGAUUACCUGCAGACAGAGGACAUGGCAGCUGGUGUAUUACGUUAUCCAGGAACCCCAACAGCACCUAAGAUGGUCAGUGCCUUUAAAGACUGCAUUACUCUGUCAUGGAGUCCUCCAUGUGACACUGGAGGAACAAAAAUAGUGGGGUACAAUUUGGAAAAGAACAAGAAAGGCACCAAUUACUGGAGUCUUGUAAACCAAGGAGGGCCAAUUACAGCCACAAAGUAUGCAGUAAAAGACAUCUUUGAAGGAGCAGCAUAUGAAUUUAGAGUGUCUGCAAUCAACCUGUCUGGUGCUGGAGAUCCUAGUAUUCCAAGUGACACAAUAAUCGCAAGGGAUCCAAUGAAGGCCCCAGGCAAAGUCACAGACCUGAAAUUAACGUCAUCUGACUACACCACAUUUUCACUGGCUUGGAUUAAACCCAAAGAAGUGAGAGGGGUAGCAGAUGAAGCCCAUGGAUACUAUGUGGAAGUUAGACUCCUUGAAUGCCUUGAAUGGACACGCUGUAAUAGCCUCCCCAUCACUCGAACUUCCUACACUGUGGUUGGCUUAAAGGCAAUGGCCUCAUACUGGGUGAGAGUAAUCGCCACCAAUUAUGGAGGUGAUGGAGAACCUCAGAGUUUUGACAAUUACCUAAUUGCCAUGCCCCCGCCAGUAAGGCCAAAAUUCAAAGAUAAAAACAUGAAGACAUUUGUUGUGGUGAGAUCUGGGAACACCGUGCAUCUGAACAUCAACUUUGAGGCCUCCCCACUACCAGAAGUCUCUUGGUUAAAAGAUGGUAUGCCAGUGUCUAAACAUGUGACAAUUACCAACUCUGACAAAGGCUCUCAAAUGUUAAUCCCCACAUCUGAGCGGUCUGACACGGGCAUUUACACCAUUUUCAUCAAAAACCUUGUUGGCCAGGAGAGCGUCAAUGUUGAAAUCAGAGUUACAGAUGAUCCAAAGCCUCCAGGACCAGUAGAGCUGGAUCAAAACAUCCCAGGAACAGUGACUCUGUCCUGGUCUCCCUCUCCAGAUGAGAAGAGGGAUGACAGGCUCCAUUACAUGAUAUCUAAACGUGACUCCUUCAAGCGAAGUUGGAGGACAGUGGCUGACAACCUUUUCAACAACAAGUUCACAUUUGUCAACAUUUUGCCUGGGUGGGAGUAUAACUUCAGGGUGUUUGCUAAAAAUGACAUGGGCCUUUCAGCACCAUCUGAAUCCCCCAAGUUUGAAAUCAAAAAGGAAAAAGAAAAGUUCAAAGUGAACAGGCCAGAGACUAAAAGCUUGGACCUUGAGUCACCUCCGUCUUUUCUUGUUCCCCUGAAGAGGCGUACAGCUCCACAAGGUUAUGAGAGUCACAUGAGUUGUGCAGUUAAGGGGAAUCCAGCACCUCGUGUGACAUGGUAUUACAACAAUAUCAAUCUCAACACAAAUACCAACUACCACAUUAAAAAUGUGUGUGGCGUUUGCUCAUUGCUCAUAUUAAGGGCAUACGCCAAAGACAAUGGGGAAUACAAAGUCAUAAUUGAAAACAAACUAGGAAGAGCCGAGUGCUCAAUGAUCCUAAAUGUCAGAGAGUGAAGAGGAACUGCACCAUCUGGACAGAAGCUGAACUAAAAGAUACCUUACUGCAUCUCGAAUUAGAUAAACUCUAACGACAACUUGGAAUAUCUUUAAGUUACUCAAUUUCCUGUUAGUUUGAUUCACCAGUGCUUAAUAUUUCUACAUGUAAAUGUUUAAGCCUACACAAGCCCUCUUAUUUCAUUAAAAAGUUAGUUAUUUAGUACUGAUAUGUAUGAUGUGGAGUUUUUGGCCACUAGUGUCACUAUAGAGCACUGAAUUCACUGGAGGAGUCCUUUCAUUUUUUGCAUGAAACAUGAACACAAAAAAAGCAUGUGUUGUGAUGUUGUUGCACUUAAAUAGUAUGCGAUUAUAGUUAUUAAAUGAAUUAAUAAAUGAUUUUCAUGUCGCAAACAACAUUAACAUAAAAAGGAAUGUGUUGUGUUUCCAAAUAGAGCUUUAGCAUUAUAGUGGCACAAGUCAAUUAAAUAGCAAUUAAAUCUGGAAGUUUUUGUUCAUAACUGACUGCUUAAAUGAGAAAAAUGGGAAAUGACUGCCAAUGUAAAUAACUAAAGAUUGAAAAAAUAAUAUUGAAAGCAACAUAGUGGUGUUACUCUAAACCACAAAUUAUAAAUGCAAAUUGACAGUGUUAAAAAAAAAAGUAGUCAAAGCUAGCUUACCUCUAAUCUACAGCUUUCCAGGUGCCUCGACUCAUGUGCUGCUGUCAUUAACAUGGCACUUUAAUGAGUAAGUCCAUGAGUUCCAGUCCUUCUCCAGCUGGGUUGUUCAUCAUUAUCUUCACAGCUAGAAUAUCCACAGUGUCGUUGUUGUGCAGCAUGCAGCCAUGUACCCAUGUUUUGCAGCUAGAGUCACAGGGCACGCACCCGUGACGCAGCAGGUGUUUAAAAUGGCGGACUCGCAGGUAAAUUACAUCAUUUUCUCAUUGGUGUUGUCUACUAGACUGGUUCCCUCACUAUGAGAUACUUAAACUGUCAAACUCUGUUUCUGUAUGAACUUCAAAUGAUCUGACAUUAAAGUAAAACCUACUUUCGCUGAACUGCGACAUUUUCUGUGUUGAGCACCUGGAUUUUUAUCAAAACAAGUCUGUGAAUACGGAAGUGACGUAGUGUGUUUUCAAAAUAAAAGUCUGAUGUCUAAUCAAAUAA